AUGAGACUCCUUCACCUGCUUCUUUUUGGCUCUCUUGUGCUCACAGCGCCAGAGGAGGAGCCGGAGACUAAAUCUACCGAAGUAGUGAACGAGGAAGAGGAAGAGGAAGAGGAAGAUGAGACUGAUAUUGAGGAGGAGCAAAAUAGCGGACCCCAUAUUACAGUGACGCCGAUCAACGGCAACCCUCUUGAUAUCUUGGUGCAAAAGUGCGAUGCUUGGGAAUUCCCUGAUGAUACCUUUAAAGCUCAAAGUGAUGUUACAAAGAUAUAUAUCGACGUCGCCAAAACUGCUGAUGGGCCGUUUAAAGCGAACAAUAUCACAAAAUUUAUCAGUGUUGGAGGCAUCCAUAUUGUCGGCCAAGACUCCGUCCCUGACGAAAAGGUUCGCCACGUCGGUCAUACCUUGGCGAAAGUUUUGGACCACGACAAGGACGGCAAAUUCGAUAAUCCCGAGUUGGUCAAGGAGCUGCUCAAAUUCCAUCCAACUCUUUUCAUCAUGGCAGACGCAGAUUCCAUUAUGGACCUGAUGAAUGCCCAGGAAGCCGAGACAGGGUUCCCCAUGGAACUGAAAUUUUGUCCUUUUGCUUUUGAUUUCGAGGAGGCAGCGAAAAUUGUACCGGGUGGCAAGAAGGGCGAUGCCACUUGCGAACUGGAAGGGAACGAAAAUAAAAUAGAUAGAUCUAUUCCAUUUGUGCUGGAUCACUUGGUGGGUCGCGGAUUCGGAAAGGCGUUUACACCGGCACAGAAGAAAGAGUUAGAUAAGAUUUAUCAGAGCAGCGUGGAGGCAGGUACAUUUGACCCUGACAGCACCGGUUGCCCGCCUGAUUCAGAUGAGUGUGGUGAGGUGAUGUUUGCAAGUUGGGCACUUAGCAGUCUCAACGGAUUUGACAAGUGUUGGUGUGAGCAGAUGGAGGCUCUGAAGUUUUGUGACCCGGAAAGCUUGAGGAAUGGAGAGCCCGAGCUGGUUAAGGUUUUGGAGGAAGCCUUCGGUGGUUUGGCGGAGCUGCCUGAAGGCGAUUACAAGCCGAAGAACAAGAACAUCAUCGGAAAGAGCGUUGUAGAAUGA